UCAGGUGCUGCUGGCCCUUUAAGACUCUCCCUGUCUCCACGGUUACAACCAGGAACUAAACCGAGCGUCUUUAGCAUGCUAACACCUGCUGGUACAAGCGUUUCACGUCUGUUUUAUUCCUCUUAUAACCAACUGUGACUCCUCUCUGAUGGGUAAAGAGGAUGAGUGGGAGCAGCGAUGACGUCGUUCCUGUGAACUGCACCAUCAAACCUCCAGUUUACCUGCAGAUCGGAGACUCUAAAGCAGAAACAGUUCACUCUGGUGUCUGUGUGGUCGACGUCAGCCUUCCCUUUGGAAAACCGGUCAAUGUGGAGGAGAUCACCUUUAAGAACUACUACACCGCCUACGUGACGGUUCGUCUGCUCAGGAGGAGUCCAGGUCAGGAGGCUCCAGCCAAGUGGUCCACGGCCCUCAGAGACUUGCCGCUGAUGGACAACCCCCACACCGAGGGGGGCUCCCAGAAUUACUACUCCAUCCACAGGACUCAGAUGCAGGUGGAGGCGGACCACGUCGUAUCCGUCAGACUGAUCCUGAGACAGCCGUCCUCCGCCUGGCUCACCUUCAGCCUGGAGGACGUCAAGAUCUUCCCUCACAUGGAGCCGGACCCAGAGAAGGAAGUUUCUGAUUGGCUGUCUGACCUGACUCUGGUCGACCACCACCCGGAUCUGGAGGGCCUCCCAGAUCCACAGACGGUAUCGUCCAGUAUUCAGCAGAUGUGGGCUCUGACUGAAGUGAUGCAAACCAACCAGACUACAGCCUCCAUCGGACGGUUUGACGUGGACGGCUGCUACGACAUCAACUUACUCUCCCUGACGUAAUGAGAUCAAACGUGAAUGAAAAACUUAUUUUAUGGAAGAAAACGGUUCAUAAUCCAAAGGAAGAACCUUGAAAACCAAUAACAGCAUGAUAUUAGUGAUAAUUUCUGCAACUGCUGAAAACAGCUGCUGGGAGGAAAAAACUCUGAUGAAUGUGGACUCGAUCGCUCACAGUUCUAUUAAAAGACUAAUAUUGCCUAUUUAUUUUAAUUUUUGAUGUUUUGCUUCAGAGUUUUAGUAAGUUGUGUCUCAAUAUGUCUCAUUUUUCAAAUUUUAUGCCUCAUUUGAGUUGUUUUGCAUCAGAUUUUGGUUGUUUUAGCCUAAUUUUUGAUCAUUUACAGCUCAUUUUUAGUUGAUUUUGUCUCAUUUUCUCUCAUUUUUCAUGUUUUGUGUUUCAUUUUGGUUGUUCGUUGGUUGAUAAUUUAACUGUUUUAGGUUUUUAGUAUCAUUUUAAUUUUCAAAAACUGCACUGAAGCUUUGACUGAACAGCGCUGUUCUCUGGAUGUUGAUAUUAUUGUGCACUUUUACUCUGGAAUGCAUGUGUGAAACUCUGACAGUGUAAAAAAUAAAAAUGCUGCAUAUUGCACAUGUAACGCUGAA